AUGGAACAACAGUCCAGGGACAGUUUAGAUGAGGAUGUCGACUAUCGAUCAGCUUGGUCAUUAGCCUCCACUCAUGCUGACCUUGUUUACGAGUAUGGUCGUCGAUUUCCCAAUUAUCGUUAUGGCUCCCAACCCUUUGCGAGAGGUGACGAACUGGCCUCUCGAAACGAAAGAGUCCUGCACCUGUUGAUGCUCCAUCUAUACGACAACAAACUCUAUACAGCACCAAUAGAAGACCUACGGAACGUGCUCGAUGUGAGAUGUGGUAUGCACGGUCUGUGGGCCCGUAAUAUGGCAGAUCUCUUCCCUGAGGCACAAGUCACUGGCUUCGAUCAGUUCAUCCCUGAUACCGAGGGGCGCGAAAACUUAUCAUUCAUCUUACAGUCCUACAACGAUAGCUGGAUCCUGGACGAGAUCACAGAAGUUCAUGGAAAGCUCGAUUUUGUUUACGCUAGAGGUUUAAUGGCUGGGAGCCAGAACUAUCCCGAGUUCUACAAGCAAUGCUUCGAGCACCUCAAGCCAGGCGGUUACCUCGAAGAGACAGAGGUAGUACCAUACUGUAGCUGCGACGAUGGCAUUUAUCGUGAAGACAGCGCUGUCAGAGCCGUCUGUAAUCUUCGGCCUGCUCUCGAGCGGGCCAUGGGAAGAGACUAUAAUCUCGCUACGAACAUGAAAAGGCUAAUCGAAGAGGCUGGAUUUGUGGAGGUCCAGGAACGCAUUGACAAAGUUCCCUGGUCGCCUUGGCCGAACCCGGCAACUGAUUUAAAAGGUCAUGAAAGUGGUCGUAUAUUUCAAAGAUAUUAUGAGUCUGGGAUACAAGGGUGGAUCCUUCAACCAUGUAUCAGGCAUAUGAACAUGACGGCAGACCAAGUCAAUGAUAUGUGUGAGAAAGCGAUAAACGAGCUGGCACAACUCGAUGAGCACUGGUAUUCUCCUUGCAUAACCAUCACAGCGCGGAAGCCAUUUUCGAACACGAACCAAACCUGA